UUCUUCUAUCAAUGAUUUUAUUGGUUGUACUCUUUGUUGCUUAAACCAAUCGCAUUGUAGCGUACGAAAAACAAGAAUGAUGAUUGGCUUUUUAAUUAAUUCUUAUUUUUUAAUGAAAAUAAUACUUUCUUUUAUUCUUCUUAUCUAAGAAUCUCAAAUAAUUUAUUAAGCUAAAAAUUCGCAUUCCGAUUGGGGCGAAAAAUGCAUAUGACAUUAAAUGUGAAAUUAUAAAAUUAUUCACUCAAGAAUACAAUAUUAGUUUGCAAAGAUAAUUAGAAAUAAACUUCAAAUAAAUAUUUUCUAAAUAAUUCUGUAAAUUAAAAAUUAAAACGUUUUAAAAUUUCGUACGUGGCGCACCCUUUUGAAUAAUUUCGUAUUCUUGCUUUUACGCGGUCCAUGUGGUCUGAUGUGGUCUCGAUUAUUAAAUGACAAUAUAGUGAACGUAUUUAGUUUUGUUUAAGUCAUAAGUAAUAUUAUUUUUAGUAUAAUAUAAUGGAAGAAGUUACAAAGUGCAGUUAUAUCAAUUGUCGUGAUCUUCGAGAAAAAGAACAAAUAUUUCACGAAUUACCAGUAAGCGAUAUUGGUUUAUGCGUUAAAUGGCUGGUAAACAGUGGUCAUGAAUAUUUAAUUGGACGCGACUUUGCAACUUUACGAUCGAUGAAAUUUUUUGUAUGCAGUAAUCAUUUCAAAAGUGAUUCUUAUUUAGCCAAAGGAACGCUGAAAGAAAAUGCUGUACCCCAACCAUAUUGGUAUUAUAAUACUGUUGGAAGAAUUAAUGAUAUGUCUUAUAUUGAACACGAAUCGAAGUUUGAUCAAGUUACAGCAAAAACAUAUACGCACCGUGCUCAUAACAUUUUUCAGUUUAAAGAACAAAGUGCAAAUACCACAGAAAAUAAUUUUCAUGAAGAAGGCUGGUGUAGAACUUGUGCUAUGAAAAAAAAUAAUGUAGUUAAUAUGACAUUAAAGAAAAGAAACACUGAAAUGAGUCUUCUUUCAAAACUAAAAUUAUUGAUAGAAAUUGAUGAUGAAGAUACAUUGCCAUUAAACAUGUGCUAUGAUUGUGUAAAGAAGUUGGAACAAUCCUUUCAGUUUUUUCAACAAAUUUAUAUAGCAGACAAUACAUUGCGUCAUAUUUUUCCUAAAGGUCAAUUAGAUAAUGAUUGCUAUGGUAUAACUAUAGAUAGAGUGGAUGGUUGCGUUAGCGAUAUAGAAUUUGAUCCAAUAUUACCAUCUAAUGAAGAUGAUCGAUUGUCAAUGAAUCAUGAAAGUAAUAAUAUAAUAAAGCCAAAAUUGUUAGAUACCAAAGACAAUGAAAGAUCUUUAUCUAAGAAAGUCCCAACAAAUGAAAAAUUAUUGAAAGAUACAUCUGCCAGUGAUAAGUGUGGCACUGUAUUUUCAUUACUUACAGAUACUUGCCAUAGCGAUGAAGAACUUCAUUGGACAGAUGUUUUGAAUGCAAUAGAACGCCAAAAGAUUACAUUUUUGCAAAAACAAGUACCUAUGCGUAGAACAAAAAUAUCUUGUGAAUUCUGUAUUAGCAAGUUUAGAUUAAGACGUCAGUUGAAGACACAUUUAAUUACUCAUCAUCCUAAACUCAUUAGAACUAUGUGUAUGGAUUGUAUCAUCUACUAUGAGAAUGAACUUCUUCUCUUAGAACAUCGUGCUAUUGAACAUAAUGAUGAUCAAUGGUAUAGAUGUGAUCAUUGUCAAAAAGUUUUUUCUAGAAAAAAAGGUUUGAGAUUACAUAUUACUAGAUCACACCAAAGAAAAAAAUGCUAUUCAUGUGAUUUAUGUAAACAACAAUUUGCAUCAAAACAAAAUUUAUCUUUACAUAUUGAAAGUGGUCAUCCAUGUGUGAAUAUAAAAAAAGAAACAUUACUUGAUCAAGAAAUUAAAGAUGUAUGCAUGGUUAACUUUGAUGUUGAUAAUGCUGAUCAAUCCAACAAUUCAAAGAUAUCUCUUAUAGAAGAACCAAAAAUAGCAGAUGUAUCUAUAGAUAAAGAUUUUAAUCAUACGGAUUUAUCUUCCACUUGUCCUAACAAUGAAUCACAAUCCAUACAAUUAGAAAAAACUAUCCAUUCUGUUGAAGAACUUAUUGAAAGCUAAUGUUUUACUUUAUAUGUUUCUGUAUAGUUAUAUACAUGGAAAUAUGUGUGGGAUUUCAUAACUAGAACAAAUAGAUGUAAAAUAAAGAAAUAAUUGAUAUCUUGCAAUAACUAUAAAAUGUGAUAAUUCAAGAUUAUAAAGCAAUAGAUAUUGAAAGAUAUUCUCACAUAAAUUGAAUCAUUACAAUUUUUUAAAAUAUAUACUCUCCAUCAUUGUAUUAUCAUUAAAAAAUAGUUAAUUGAUUACAUACACGUUAUAUAGCUUUUGUUUUUGACAAUAAAGAUAUUUGCAAAUAGAACUUUGAUGAAUACAUGAACUUUCAAUUUAAAUUAUUGUAAAGUCAGUCUCUUUUCUAAAGAGGUACAUGACUUCCCUUUGUCAGAAAUAUCGAUUUUUUUUUUAUAUGUAUUUUCUAAAAGUAUCUAGAGUUUUAAGAAUAUUCAGUCAAAAUAUCAGAUAAAAAUUUUAAGAAAUUGCGAAGUUAGCGAUAAUAGUAAUAUUCAUUAUAAGAUAAUGCUUUCAAAUCGAGCAACUAUUCCAUCGCCUAACUUUUCUGUACUGUUUUAUUUUAUUGCAAUUUUGCUAUGUAUGUAACAAUUUUAUAUGCAUAUGUAUAUGUAAAAUUCACAAGUGGUAGAAAAAAAUAGAGAAAAAAACAUCUAUUAAACUACAAAAAAUGGAAAUGAAAUUCUAAAAACAUUUUUCUCGAAACUAAAUUAAAAAACUUCGAAAUCGGUACCCACAAUUUCUGAGAAAUUACUAGAUCGCUUGAUUUGGCAUUUUUAAAGUAUCAUUUAUAUUAUAUUUAAAAGUUUCUCUCGAAACCUUUUUUUUUUUCUUUUUUUUUUUACAAGGACGAAAGGGCGAUUUUAUGCCAAAAAGCAAAAUGUAAAAGUUCUCAAUUUUUCAUAUUCGACUUGAAGGUACUACAUUUUAUAUCUACACUAAAAUACAACUGUUUCAUUAUUUUCCAUUGAAAACAUUUUUAACUUAAGCUUCAUAUUAUAUUCUAUUAAGUAAAGAAAGGUUUGAUCUUAUAAGUAAUAUAUGUUUCUAAAAAAACAAAAAAAAGUGUAUCUUUUUUCUUCCCAAAAAUUAUGUACAUUAAAAUUAAAAAUGUGGCCUAUUCUUAUUAAUAUCAUUUGUUCAUUUCAAACUGAUGUCUAGGAUUUUUCUAUCUUUCAAUAUAUUCUAUUAAUAUCUCUUAAAUAUACAUAACAUAUAAACAUUGGUUAGAACCGUCGAAGUGUAACAAAAUAAAAAAUAUAUGUUUUAUUGAAAAUAUUUUGUUAAAGAUAUAGGUAAGAAAACGAUAAAUAAGAAAAAG